AUGAGUGGAAAGAUUGAAACAAGAGAAUUAUCAAAAUCUCCAUAUCCUCACCAAGUAAAUUUAAAAUUGAAAAAAUAUUUUAAUAGAUUUUUUGUUUACCAGCUAGUUAUAAGCAACAAUGAUAUUCCCAGCGAAACCCCGUUGAGAGUCGCAUCCAGUCCUGGAACUUUAUCAGCUGCUGAAUUAACUGGAAAUGGACAUUUAAAAAAUGAAUUAAUUAUAGACCAAAGACCUUCAUCUAGAGUUCAAUCACCUCAACAAAAACAACGUUCCAAUUCUAAAUCGGGCUUUAAUGGAGGCGCAAAAAGGAGUGGUUCAACUUGCUCUACCUCUUCUACCAUUUCUUCAGUCACUGGCCUUCCAUUACUUCCUCACCGUUUCUUCACUUCGUCCACAUUGCCUGCAUUGCCAACACCUUUAGACUCCCAAUUUCAUUGCCUUCAAGCUACCGGUCAAAUACUUUCUGGCCAUUGGCAUCAUUUUACUGCACAAGCAACUGUUGGAACUGACAAAGAUGCAUCUGUUCUUUUAUUUGACAAAAAAUGUAACGUGAAAGGACCUUCCAGGCUAGGUCGUGCUAAUCGCCUCGGACUCUCAGAUUUAUUAAAAUACGAUUUGUCUCAAUUGCAACAACUUGUACAUCCUCGAAUAUUACGACUUUUACAUCCUUUAGUGGAAAAUAAAGAACUGAUUGGUUUUGCAUCUGAACCUUUAUAUUGUACACUAGAUAAAUUAUUACUCGAAAGAGAAGAUGAGCAACAUUUUAAUAUUAAUGGGCAAUCAGAAGAAGAUAGUAAACAAUUACUGCUAGAUAAAUUGGAAAUGAAAUUGGGGGUAUUACAAUUAGUUGAGGGACUUUCUUAUUUACACAAUAAUGCAAAAAUUCUUCAUGGAAAUUUGACACCUCAGGCUGUCUUCGUUACUUCCUUUCAGCAUUGGAAAAUUGGAGGAUUUGCUUUCUCUGUAGCACCUAAAAAGCCUGGAAUAUUUCCUUGCUUUCCAUGGACAAAAAAGCUUCCAGCCUGUCUUCAACCAGAUUUGGAUGUAUAUUUACUUAAUUUAAUAGGUGAUCUGUAUCUAUUUUUUCAGUUUCUCGCUCCCGAAUAUUUAAUUCAGAAUGCACAAACAGUAACAUUGGCUGCUGAUGUAUUUUCACUCGGGGUUCUAAUUUGUUGGAUUUAUUCAAAUGGAAAAAGACUUAUUGAUGUUAAAAAUAAUUUGGAAAGUUAUCAAAUAGUAAUAGAACAAUUAGAUAUUGGAUUACAAUUAAUUGCUAACGAACUUGGGCCUAAUUUGAAAGCAUCACUUGUCAAAGUUUUAUCUAAAGAAGUAGAACAACGUCCGGCUAUUCAAAUGCUUGCUUUAAUAAAACACUUUGAUGAACCAUCACUUGGUGCUUUAAGACAAUUAGAUGAUUUGGCACAAGAAUUUGACCCAGCCAAUAAAGCAGCCUUUCUUAGACAUUCUCUAAGUGCAAUUCUCCCACAAAUCCCAGAAUCUCUUUGGUUUAGAAGAGUGCUUCGUCGUUUUAAUGAACAUUUACAAGGGACAACAGAAUUAAUGCCAGCACUAAUUAGUCCCCUUUGUUACAUGCUUAAAAAUUGUGAAAGUCAUAAUAUACACAGAUUGAGGCCCUGGUUUAGACAAAUUGCUGCUGCAGCUGAAGAAAAAUCUUUAAGUCAAUCUCUACUUUCACAUAUGCCAAUUAUUUUAAGACGUUUAAGUGAUGAACAAGUAGAAGAUCGGUGUUUAGAUUUAUUAAUUUAUUUUCUUAAUGGAACAGAUCCUCAUUUAAAGCAAAAUUCUGUCCGUACAUUACCUCAUAUUGUUGAAUUUAUUCCUAAUAAUUAUUUAAGUAAAAGAUUAAUUCCAACUUUACAAAAUCAGGCCCAAUUCUUUCAAGAGCAAGUUUCUCGUCAAAUAGAUCUACUUGUAGCUAUUGGACAUUUAAGUGAUCGUUGUGAUACCCAAACACUUCAAUAUUUAUUAACUUUAUCUUCAGUUUGCUCAACAUUACAUCCAGCUAUAGUCCAUUCAAAAUCCCGUCUUGUUCAAAGAAUUCUAACUUGUGAUGUUAGCCGUUUUAGUGAUCCUCUUGUUAUUGCCCAUCAUUUACUUAAUCCUUUAGUUCUUGGUUUGGCUUUGCCAGAAAUAUCUCCUGCUCAUUUUGAUGAUGUAAUGAGUUCCUCUCGAAUUUUAUUGGAUAUAAUUGAACAACUUCGUUAUGAUUCAGACGAUACUCAACUAAAGGAAAAUAAUUAUCGCCGUCUCUGUAAUCGUCGUGUUUCAAUGUCUUCUAAUCACCUUCCCCGUUUAUUAAUUACUGCGGCAACAAGGCCUUCAAUUGGAGGGGACAGUCGUAAAAUGUCUUUUCUUUCGGCAGAUGGUCGACUCGAAGAGGAUAGGGGUGGGGGUAUUGGAUCGGUAGCUGGCGCUUUAACUGAAAGAAGAGAAUCAAAAGAUUCGAGAUGUUCACUUGAAUCUGAAGUUUCUUUAAGACUUUGUAAUGGAAGUGAUUUGUCUGAUGAAAGUGUUCUUCCUACCGGACCAACUUUUGGUGGAAUGGGAAAUACAGGUGUUGUUAAUCAAGUACGAAGAAAGUCAUGGAUUGAGCGUGGAUGUCUACAUAGUUUAUCACUUGAACAACCUAGCAGGCCUUCAUUCCCUCCUUCUAACACAACACACCUUCCUCCAUUAUUAUUUGGUGGUGGUCGUGCUAGGAGUUCUGUUGGUUCUAGAACAACACAAUCUGCAAGAGAACAUAGUCCUUUUAGUGCAUUAGUUCGUCGAUUGCCUUCACCUAAAGAGCAGCAACGACAACAAAAUAGUCGUCAAUCUAAUGUAGAAGAAAUAUCACCAAAGCCUAAUUCAUUUAGUAAUCUUGGCCAUAAUUUGGCAUGUACUUUAUGGAAAACAUUUCAUUAA